CAGCGCACCGGGAGCAUCCCUGAGCGAGGGAGCGCUCGUUUCUGUGGAGGGUUGACAAUCUCACACAAUCACUGCUACCGCCUCCGUCACGUCGGGACACACACGGACUCUGUCGCCGCAGAAUGAUCCCGGGCCCCGGCGAGCCUUGUGGACAGUGAGGGCCCCCGCGCAGACAUCCACCUCGCAGCCGGCAGAAGGAGCCUCGCUGCCCGCGUCUCCUCCAGCAGCAGCCCCGGAGACAGGAUGUCAAGUAGCCCGGAAGAAUGUCAGUCCAGGGGCGGCGGCUCCGACCGUGACUUGAAGAUGGCCUCUUCAGGCAACACGUCCCCGGAGGGAGGACCUCAACCGCCGCUGCAGCAGAACCGUAUACGGCAGUCCGACAGUAACACCAGUUUCCUUCGAGCUGCCCGGGCGGGAAACAUCGACAAAGUCCUUGAAUUCCUGAAAAAUGGAGUAGAUAUCAGCACCUGUAACCAGAAUGGUCUGAAUGCUUUGCACCUGGCAGCAAAGGAGGGACACACAGAUUUAGUGGAGGAGCUGCUGGAGAGAGGAGCACCUGUUGACUCCUCUACCAAGAAAGGAAACACCGCCCUCCAUAUUGCCUCAUUGGCAGGACAGAAAGAAGUAGCACGACUACUGGUGAAGAGAGGAGGGGAUGUCAACGCUCAGUCACAGAAUGGCUUCACUCCACUCUAUAUGGCAGCCCAGGAGAAUCACCUGGAGGUGGUGAGGUACCUGUUGGAAAAUGAAGGGAACCAAAGCAUCGCAACAGAGGAUGGCUUCACUCCACUGGCCAUCGCUCUCCAGCAGGGCCACAACUCCGUGGUCUCCCUGCUGUUGGAGCACGACACCAAGGGUAAGGUUCGUCUGCCGGCCCUGCACAUCGCAGCCCGCAAGGACGACACAAAGUCGGCUGCGCUGCUGCUGCAGAACGACCACAACGCCGACGUCCAAUCGAAGAUGAUGGUCAAUAGAACCACAGAGAAUGGGAAGAGUGGGUUCACCCCUCUGCACAUUGCGGCUCACUAUGGUAACGUGAACGUCUCCACGCUGCUGCUGAACAGAGGAGCUGCUGUGGACUUCACUGCCAGGAAUGGGAUAACUCCGCUCCAUGUGUCCUCCAAGAGAGGUAACACCAACAUGGUGGCCCUGCUGUUGGACAGAGGGGGUCAAAUAGACGCUAAAACCAGGGAUGGACUGACCCCCCUGCACUGUGCAGCCAGGAGUGGACAUGACCCUGCAGUGGAGCUCUUGCUUGAGAAAGGAGCACCGAUCUUAGCUAGAACCAAGAACGGACUGUCCCCGCUGCACAUGUCGGCCCAGGGAGACCACGUCGAGUGUGUUAAACUCCUGCUGCAGGAUAAGGCGCCUGUUGAUGAUGUCACCCUGGACUACCUCACAGCGCUGCAUGUCGCAGCUCACUGUGGCCACUACAGAGUCACCAAGCUGCUGCUGGACAAGAAGGCCAAUCCCAAUGCCAGAGCCCUGAAUGGUUUCACCCCGCUCCACAUUGCCUGCAAGAAGAACAGGGUGAAGGUGAUGGAACUGUUGGUCAAAUAUGGCGCCUCCAUCCAGGCCAUUACUGAGUCUGGUCUGACUCCAAUCCAUGUUUCUGCCUUCAUGGGUCACCUCAACAUUGUUCUGCUUCUGCUGCAGAACGGAGCCUCCCCUGACGUCCGUAACAUUCGUGGUGAGACAGCUCUUCACAUGGCAGCACGAGCAGGUCAAAUGGAAGUGGUUCGCUGUUUGCUGAGAAAUGGAGCGUUGGUGGAUGCCAUGGCCAGGGAGGACCAGACUCCGCUCCACAUCGCAUCCCGUUUGGGGAAAACAGACAUAGUCCAGUUGCUGCUUCAGCACAUGGCCCACCCUGAUGCUGCCACGACCAACGGGUACACUCCACUCCACAUUUCAGCCAGGGAGGGGCAGGUGGAGACCGCUGCCGUGCUGCUGGAGGCCGGAGCCUCGCACUCAAUGGCCACUAAGAAAGGAUUCACUCCUUUACAUGUAGCAGCUAAAUAUGGAAGCCUCGACGUAGCAAAACUUCUACUUCAGCGCAAAGCUCUUCUCGACGAUGCUGGCAAGAAUGGCCUGACUCCGCUACAUGUGGCAGCUCAUUACGACAACCAGGAUGUAGCUCUGCUGCUGCUGGAUAAAGGGGCUUCACCUCAUGUUACUGCAAAGAAUGGCUACACUCCUCUCCACAUCGCAGCCAAAAAGAACCAGAAGAAUAUCGCAUUAGCACUGCUGCAGUAUGGAGCGGAGACCAACGUUCUGACCAAGCAGGGAGUCAGCCCUCUACACCUGGCAGCCCAGGAAGGACACGCUGAGAUGGCCAGUCUGCUGCUGGGGAAAGGAGCCCACGUCAACACAGGCACCAAGAGUGGACUGACUGCUCUGCAUCUCACAGCCCAGGAGGACAGAGUCAAUGCUGCAGAAGUUCUGGCCAAACAUGAUGCAAACCUGGAUCAGCAAACUAAGCUCGGAUAUACCCCUCUGAUUGUGGCUUGUCACUAUGGAAAUGCCAAGAUGGUGAACUUCCUAUUACAGCAAGGAGCCGGCGUCAAUGCCAAAACCAAGAACGGUUACACACCACUUCACCAGGCUGCACAACAAGGAAACACACACAUAAUCAACGUGUUGCUGCAACAUGGGGCCAAACCCAAUUCUACUACAGUGAAUGGAAACACUGCUCUGUCGAUUGCUCGACGUCUGGGUUACAUCUCAGUGGUGGACACACUGAAAGUUGUCUCUGAGGAGAUCAUCACCACCACAACGACGGUCACUGAGAAACACAAGCUCAACGUCCCUGAGACCAUGACGGAGAUCCUUGAUGUGUCUGAUGAAGAGGGUGAGGACACCAUGACAGGGGACGGUGGGGAGUAUCUGAGAGCAGAGGAUCUCAGGGAGCUGGGAGAUGACUCUCUUCCAGGACAUUACCUGGACAGCUUCAGCUACAUGAGCCACAACCUGGACAGGCAGCAGCACACUCCCAUUCACCAAAGUUUCCAUCAGAGAGAAGGAGUUCUCAUUGAAGACAUGCUUACCAGCCACCAGGUGUCAGCAUUAUCGAGAGAAGACAAGGAAUCAUUCCGGCUGAGCUGGGGAGCUGAGCACCUUGAUAAUGUGGUGCUGUCCUCCAGUCUGUUACACUCAGGCCGUUCCUCUCCGUGCCUAGACCAUGACAACAGCAGCUUCCUGGUCAGCUUCAUGGUUGAUGCCAGGGGCGGGGCCAUGCGCGGCUGCCGUCACAAUGGCCUGAGAAUCAUCGUACCACCGAGGAAGUGUUCUGCACCUACACGGGUGACAUGCAGGCUAGUGAAGAGACACCGCCUGGCAUCUAUGCCCCCUAUGGUGGAGGGUGAGGGGCUGGCUGGGCGCAUCAUAGAAGUAGGGCCCACUGGAGCCCAGUUCUUGGGUAAGCUCCACCUGCCCACAGCUCCGCCCCCUUUGAAUGAGGGCGAGAGCCUGGUCAGUCGCAUUCUGCAGCUGGGUCCUCCAGGAACCAAGUUCCUCGGGCCUGUGAUUGUGGAGAUUCCCCAUUUUGCGGCUCUGCGAGGCACAGAGAGAGAGUUGGUGAUCUUGCGAAGUGAGACCGGGGAGAGCUGGAGGGAACACCACUGUGACUUCACUGAAGAAGAACUGAACCAGAUACUUAAUGGCAUGGAUGAAAAACUUGAUUCUCCCGAGGAGCUUGAGAAGAAAAGAAUAUGCCGCAUCAUGACCCGAGAUUUCCCGCAGUACUUUGCGGUGGUCUCACGGAUAAAGCAAGACAGUCAUUUGAUUGGACCAGAGGGUGGGGUCCUUAGCAGCACUCUUGUGCCUCAGGUCCAAGCUGUUUUUCCUGAGGGAGCCCUCACCAAGAAGAUCAGAGUUGGGCUACAGGCUCAGCCCAUUGAUGUGGAUGUGGUGAGAAAGAUUCUUGGUAACAAAGCCACAUUUAGCCCAAUUGUGACACUGGAGCCAAGACGGAGGAAGUUCCACAAACCAAUCACCAUGACGAUACCGAUUCCCAAGAGCUCCAACGCUGACGAGCCAAGCUCAGCAUACAGUGGGGAGACCCCAACUUUACGCUUGCUUUGCAGUAUUACUGGUGGAACCACUCCUGCCCAAUGGGAGGACAUCACCGGCUCCACACCUCUUACCUUUGUCAACCAAUGUGUUUCCUUUACCACAAAUGUGUCAGCCAGGUUCUGGCUGAUAGACUGCCGACAGAUCCAGGAGUCUGUUAGUUUUGCCUCUCAGCUGUACAGAGAGAUCAUCUGUGUUCCAUACAUGGCCAAGUUUGUCAUUUUCGCCAAAACACUGGACCCCAUCGAGGCCCGGCUGCGGUGUUUCUGCAUGACAGACGACAAGAUGGACAAAACCCUGGAGCAGCAGGAGAACUUCACUGAAGUUGCCCGUAGCCGAGAUGUUGAGGUGCUGGAGGGAAAACCCAUAUUCGCCGACUGCUUUGGAAAUCUGGUGCCUCUUACCAAGAGUGGACAGCACCACGUGUUCAGCUUUUUUGCCUUCAAGGAGAACAGAUUGGCACUCUUCAUCAAAAUUAGAGACACAGCUCAGGAGCCGUGUGGUCGUCUUUCGUUUACAAAGGACCCAAGGACGUACCGUACUCUGAACCACAACGCUAUCUGCAACCUGAACAUCACCCUCCCAACUUACUCAAAGGAGUCUGACUCAGACCAAGAUGCGGAUGAUGAGAGUGAAAAGAGUGAGAAGAAAUUGGAUUGGCAGGAUGAUGCUGAUAGGAAAGAGGAGACAUUAGCAAUCAUUGCAGAUCUUCUUGGCUUCAGUUGGACUGAGCUGGCAAGAGAACUGGAAUUUAGUGAGGAUGAUAUCCAGUUAGUGAGAACAGACAAUCCUAAUUCCCUCCAAGAGCAGAGCCAUGCCUUGCUGCAGUGUUGGGUUGAGCGGGAAGGUAAACACGCCACAGAGGACUGUCUGAUUAGGAGGCUAACCAAGAUCAACCGCAUGGACAUAGUCCAUCUUAUUGAAACCCAGAUGAACAAGUCAGUUCAAGAGCAAACAUCUAGAACUUAUGCAGAGAUCGAGAAGACACUGGAUCACAGUGAAGUGUCAGUUGCCCUAUCUUCUGUGCAAGAGGAUGUAGACAGCCCCAGAGUUGUGAGAAGGGUGGAGUCAGAUCGCAGACCACCCCCAGCUGUUUCUGAGGAGGACCUUUCAGUUGCUUCCCUACUGGAUAUUCCUUCCUGGGCAGAGCCUGCUGGACAUACCCACUCAGAGAGCAUCCAUGGUGACCUGUUGGACGAGCUUGAAAUCCCACAAGAAUUGAACCCAAAUCUGUGGACCUCUGAGGAUGUAAUUACACCCGAACCUACAUGUUACGACAACUCUGAUGAGCAAGUACCAACAGCUUCUUUCAAGACCGAUCUUUCAGAACAAGAAAAAAAUGUUGAUGUAGGACAGAGUCAUGUCUUUCCGACCGAGAUGCCACUCUUAGAAAAUGAUUCAGACUCACUUCCCACUCAAAAACUAGAAUUACAGAUUCCAAGUACAUUUGACCUUUGUAAAACAAAAUCUGAAAUUACAUUGACUGAUCAAAGCAGCUCACCACAGGAAGAAGAUGAACAGAUGUCUUUCCCCACACAAAGUGAAGAUUGUGGCUUAGCUAAACCAAGCUCAGUGAUCCCAGACUCACUCUGCCUAACAGCCCAAGACAGUGCAGAUGAUAAAAUCAUCAUGUCCCCAGAAUCCACUCCAACACCACCAGGGUCUGGGUCCCCUCAGCUUGAUCAGCUACUGUCAGAUCUGGAGGAAAUGAAACUGAAGUUUAGACCAGAGGCACUUGGCCCACCUCUGUCAGAAUCCAGUGUUGAAAGCCCUGAAGGUGAUCAAAAUUACGAGUUUGAAGAUCUUUCACCUGAAGAUCAAUGUCCUAUAGAUGAGGAUGAUACCAUAAGAGGGAUUUCUGUUAUGCAGCUCACACAUAUCCAGACAUCCACUCAAGAUGAACCUGAAUUAGUCUCAACUGCUGCAGAUGAAACAAUUACCUCUGAGACAAGUGUAGAAUCAAGCUUUGGUCGAGAUAAAGACAGUCCUACAUCUCCUACUGAGUCACAUUCAAUCCCAGAAUCUCCCCAAAGAUUUUGUGACACAACAGAACCAUCAAGUUUUCCUUUGGACAUAUUCAAGUCCAACAAAUAUGGGUCUUUGCCCAAAAUAGUGUGUUAUUCUGACAUACCUGAAAACAAUCUGGUUGAUCAACUUGAGGAAGAUUCUACAACUGAGAUUAUUCAUGGAAAAGAAAAGCAUGAAUCAACUAACCCAUGUAAUGUCUCAUGGGAUGUGACCGAAGAAGCAUCAACACAGAGUAUGCAAGAUCAACUUCCAUAUUUAUGGGAGGUGACCUCUAUAGAAGCCGUUCAGCCUGAGGACUUUUCCUCUCAGUCUCUUUCCGAAUUGACACCCGAGACAGUAACAAGACAUUUUAGCUUUGAGGAUCGGUUCCCAUGCCCCUCUUCAAGGAAUGUUGAGACAUCUUCAGAAGAGGAUAGUCCAAGGAUCAGUGGACUGUAUUUAGAAGAAUCUCCAGUAGACUAUGAAUGUUUUGCCUCUCAACCUACUUUAGUUGAACAUAAAGCAGAGACGACUUCAUCGACUACUGAUGAGGAAUACAACAUCAAACCUGGAUACUCAGAGAACACUUCUCCUGCAACCUUAAAUACCUGUGUGCCACCGAGAUAUGCAGACGUUGUGCAUAGUGGUGCAGACAGCCCUACCUUUAAAUACUAUGACCCAGAGCCAUUCUUUGACUGCAAACAAGCUACGUCGGAUUUCUCGGAGACCGAGCCCGAUGAACCGGAGUCGAGAACUAAGUCAAGUGAAAGGCUACCUCUAGAUUUUGUCAGCCAUUCUACAGUGCUAGAAAAGGUGAAUCGAGGAGUGCUUUUAUCUUCUGGAAGUGAGGAUUACGAGGAUGCUCCUUUUGUCCAUGAGCCUCUUCAUAAUGUAUAUGAAGAGAGUGAAGAAAUAAUACACUAUUCAGAAGCAUCAGAUGAUGAAUUCACCCUAUGUGAGGCUACACAACUGCCCCCUGUCUGUGAAAUGGGGGCAUAUGAUGAUACUCAUAAAUCUCUGACAAGGGAGGUCACUGCAGAACUGGAAUCAAUGUCAGAAAGUUCAGACGAUGAAUUUGUGACCACCAGGGUAGUGCGAAGAAGAGUUGUCAUACAGGCCGAUGAAAUGCCUGACCUGCCCACUCAGUCAGUGACCGAGGAGCAGUACAAGGACGAACAUGGACACCUUGUUGUCAAAAAGGUAACUCGUAAAAUUAUUCGCAAAUGUAUUUCUGCCGAUGGCGUGGAGCGUGAAGAGGUGACGUUGGAAGGAGCCCCGCAGGCGUCCAUUAGUGUUGCAGAGGGAGAUGGUUACUCCAAAGUUGUGAAGCGGACAGUACUGAAGAGUGAAGGAGAAGAUACAGAGGUAACAUUUGUUGAAUGUGAGGGUUUCUCAGCAUCAAGUCAGGAGCCAACCGAGGGUCGCAAGGUCAGUCUCGUGGAAAGGACAAAGAUGGUGGAGGGUGAAAGAACAAUGACGCACCAGGGUGAUCCAUCUUUGGCAUCUGACCUCCCCACGGCCCAAGAUGACUUCAAACAGGCACUAGGUUAUAUAAGUGGUUUUAGCAGGACAGAACUCCCUCAUGUGGUAGAGAGAGAGACUGUCAAAGAAGAUGGAACUGUGGUCAGGAGGGCUCACAUGCGUAAAGGUCGCACCCACAGACGGACGGUGGUGAAGGGAGCUGGGCGACGCAAACAGGUUCUGCUCGAGCGAGUGGACAAUCCCAGGAAAGGGUCAAAACUAUGCGAGCUACAGCAGCAUCUCCACCAGCUCUUUCAUCAUUUCCACGAAAAGGAUGAGGAGGACACUGAUGAUGAUGAAGAGGAGGAGGAGGAGGAAGAAUAGAGGAAUGUGUAAUACCCCCCCUUCCCCAUGACUUCCUGGCUGUGUUAAUGCUAAAGCACCACCCCCCUUAAUCCUAUGCAUUAGCCAACUGUAAUCCCAGUGCGCACCAUUGGCACCUCAAAGCUACCACAGUCUUCCCACUGAAGUCCCGGAAGAAGACGUCCUGUUCACGAUGUGGAGGUUUCUUCCCUGGCUGAUGUCACGUUAUUCAUGAUUUUUCUUUUAUGUUCUGAUGUUGUUUUCGCCUUUUUGUGACCAAAGAAAUCCUUUAUGUUUUCUCCCUGAUUCAUUUUACUUUCCACGUUAGAAUUGUCUCUGAAAUUAUUGUCCUGAUUCUGUGGUAGAGCAACAAAAAAAAAACAAAGAAAAUGGUCAAAUAAUAUCUCACAUCUACUAACUCACAAAGGUGAAGAACACCUUUCCUGCUAAAUACUGGUACUGCUCUAGGUGCUCGGACUGAAAGUCGAUAUUUCACACAGCACUGCCUCUCACACCCAGAGUUUCUCAGAUAUUGCUAACUGAAAAAAAAAAAAAUUUCACUCACUGUACUAGCUGUACCUUUGUGUCAGGUGGUAUCAACACUGAAUUUAACUGCUGCUGCUGCUGCUGUGUUUUGUGUCGGCUAUGUGUAAUCCGUCUUUGGGAAUUAUAUAUUAUCUAUAAUCUAGACAUUACCGACAUCUGUAGCCUAGGAAUUAAUAAUCACUCAUGUGAAGUAGAGCAGGCAUGACUAAUCAACAUCUGUCAUUAUGAUCCUAGCUUUGACUGCUUUGUAAUUCUAUGGAUUGCCCUUUCUGCCUCUCUUUCCCUUCUGUGUGUGUCUUCUUUUCUGUGUUAUUAUGUGUGAUUUUAUUUUGACAGGGUGGGGAUGGGAUCUUGACUUGUAUCGUUUGGCUGGUGAAUGUGUGAGUGAGGAUGCACCGUAGCUCCUGUAUGGUUUAAGUUCAUCCAUGCAUGUGUUGAGUUAAAUACGGCAUCGACAAAGGGUAUUGUAGCUGAUUUGAAAGACUUGUGUUUGAAGACGACUUAUUUUAGUUUAUUUUCGAGCUUACUAGUUAAUAUAGUUACAUUUUGUGUUUGACAGCCAAUUCGAAAUUUCUUUUUUCAGGGAGGUACCACAGAAUAUGCCGCAGGUGGAUAAGAAAUUGGUUUUAGAGUCUGAUACAACACAUGCACUAAUGUGUUUCUGCUUUACUUAAUGUUAGACUUUAUCUUUUGAAUUGUGUCGAAAGUGUUGGACCAGGCGUUAGGCAGUUGUGGGGUAUGUGUGUGGGUGUGUAUGUGAGAAUGAGUGUGAGUAAACAAGUUUUGCUAGUUUCAGCAAAGAAAAAAAAGUUUAUUUUAACACAAACCGCAUUUGCACUCCUGAAUGUCGGGAGGAGACACCUCCUUGCUUUUUGUGCACAGGAUAUGAGGUACAGUAUAUCGUAGCCACAGCGAUAGUGUCCAACAGAUGGUGAUAGCCCAGACAUACACGUAAUGAGGCAGGUUGAGAGCUUAAAUCUAUCAUUAUUCACAGCUCUGAGUAUCGCUACUGUAUGUAUCUACAACAUGUAAUGUAUUUAUUUCACUAUCACUGUUUACUUUGUGAUUUAGAAAAUGCAAACUAGUGGAAGUUCACUGUGACAGGUAUGCUUUUAAUUUGAAGAAUCAGCAUCCCUUUUCUGUGAUGAUGACGGUUAUAUACAUAUACAAUGCAUAUAAAUAUCUAUAAGGGCAUGUAUUACUGUAUCAAAAUUCAAAAAGACAAAAACAAAACGGCUGCAGUGUCUAUGGCUGAUAGAGAA